GUACUAGGAUUAUGGAAUAACGACUUACGAUAAUACAUACUAGAGAACCUGCAAUCUGGCCCCCAUUAUAAUUUGCAACUAAGUAAUCCAUCCAAUUCCAUAGUUUCAACGUCGUCAAUGCCACCACAUUUUGUUGCCAACCUUCUCCACUCUCUACUCUAGGGUUCCUUUGUGUUCUUCACAACAAUGGCCAAGAAGAGGACCGCAACUGAGAAGAACAAGAAGAAGACCCUCAUCAUAAUUCCCAUACCAAAACAUUCUCAACAACCAAGAAGCUCACCUCCCAAACGCCGCACUGAUUUCUCUGUGUUCACGCGCACACCCUCCUUCUCCAUCCCUGAUUCUGGUUCCUCACCAGGUUCGUCUUCUGGUGAAAUGAGGUUGUCCAAUGUCACUGUGAGCAGUUUGCAAGAGAGGAGAAAGGCAGUGAAACAGUAUUCUGAAGAUAUGCUGGCGCGAUGCAGCAAUUACCAACAGAGUAGACCAGUAUGUUCAUCUGAGUCUUUUGAUGUUCCUCUUGUGGAAGUUGAUCCAGCUGUCCAUGAUGAAGGUUUUGACCUUGGUGGCUAUAGGGAUGUUUGUAAUGAAAAAAUUGAUAUUUCCAAGAUGUCAGAAUCUACUCCUCAUGAAUCAUCCGUCAGUGAUAGCAGUUCUCUUGCUGUAACUCCUGGAAGUGUUGUAUGGGCAAGGACAUCUUGUCAAAUAUGGUGGCCUGCUGAGGUCUUGGAAGAAAGAUCUGCAUUAUCUGACCAUGGCAGUGAUGGACAUGUUUUAGUGCAAUUUUAUGGAAAUCAUUCCAGUGUUUGGAUUGAUCCAGUGACUGAUAUUUCAACUUUUGAGAAUUCUUUCGAAGAAAGGAGCAAUAACCCUUCAGAAGAUUUUCAACUGGCACUAAAGCAAGCCUUGCAGAGGAAGGCACAACUUAGUUCUUGCCAAAAGUUGAGUCCUGAUAGGUCUGCUCACUCUGAUCAGCAAGAACGUUCAUCUGGUAAAUGCACUUCAACUAGUACAAGCAGAACAAUUGAUGAUUUUCAAGAUAGACGAAGAGGAAAGAGGGAACGUAAACCCAAAGUUCAUUUUGAUGAGGUUACAUAUCCAAUGAAAUCAGAAAGAAAGGUUCGUCGGUUAAAGAUAAUGCGGUAUCUUGGCCUUGCAGCUCCAGUUGGUUCUCCCUAUUGAGUUUUGACCAUGAUUACAAGCAAUGUAUAUUUCAAAUGAUUUCGGCCUAACAGCUGCACUUGGUCCCCCCUUUUUUUAACCAUAAUAAUCAUGAAUUAUGCAUAUGUCUAAAAUUUGUUUCCACUUCUUGACAUUAGCUCUGUAAAACUUUUUAGCAUUAUACAGUCUCAUUUAUUUCAUAAUUAUCUGUAAAAACCGUAUGACAAUUUGAAUGAAUGUUAGAAUAGUUCUC